GUACGGAAAAGGGGGUUGUACAGCCCUGAGCCUGUGCGCCAGAGACCAGGAGAGAAAUAACAGGUUUUUACGCUCCCCGUAAAACAGAAAUGGCAUUGACACAGGUUUCAUCUAACAAAUGCAGCGGCGGCUUCCAGAAAGUAUUCGAGCAUGACAGCACCGAGCUGAAAUGCAGAAUGAAAUUCGCCAUCUAUUUACCUCCAAAGGCAGAGAGUGGAAAAUGUCCGGUGAUGUACUGGCUUUCUGGAUUGACGUGCACAGAGCAGAACUUCAUUACUAAAGGAGGCAGCCAGCAAGCCGCCGCAGACCACGGGGUUAUCAUCGUGGCCCCGGACACCAGUCCUCGGGGCUGCGGUAUCGAAGGGGAGGAUGAGAGCUGGGACUUUGGCACUGGAGCUGGUUUUUAUGUCAACGCCACAGAGGAGCCCUGGAAGACCAAUUACCAGAUGUAUUCCUACGUCACAGAGGAGCUCCCUCGCCUGAUCAACGCUAACUUCCCUGCGGACCCUGACAGGAUGUCCAUCUCUGGGCACUCCAUGGGUGGCCACGGAGCUCUGAUCUGCGCCCUGAAGAAUCCUGGGAAAUACAAGGCUGUUUCAGCGUUUGCUCCAAUCUGCAACCCCAUGCAGUGUGCCUGGGGCCAGAAGGCCUUCAGGGGGUAUCUGGGUUCAGAGAGUUCGGGAUGGGAGAGCUAUGAUGCCACAGUGCUGGUGAGCUCCUAUUCUGGCCCCCAGCUGGACAUUCUGAUUGACCAGGGCAAGGAUGACCAGUUCCUUGCAGCUGGGCAGCUCCUGCCAGACAACUUCAUCGCGGCCUGCACGGAGAAGAAGAUCCCUGUGGUGUUCCGACUGCAGCAGGGCUAUGAUCACAGUUACUACUUUGUGUAUUCCUUCAUCGCCGAUCACAUCAAGCACCAUGCCAAGUACCUGAACGCUUAAAUCUCCACCCACAUGGGUCGCCUGUGCCUUCUGAUGCCUGGGAGCCCAGCUCCGGGCAACUCGGCUUCUCCCAGUUCACAGUGAUUUUGUAACAGAAUAAAGGUACUGUAUGUGACUGGCAUCAGUGUCUGAAAUAAUCA